AUGUAUACAUACACCAACAAUGGAAAGGUUUGCGUUGCUGAAACUGAAUUUCCCAAAACCAUGUCCGGUCUCUCUGAGAAGGUUGCUUCCAACGGGGAAUUUGCCAACAUUGUGACUUUAUCCAAAAGGUUGAGCAACGAGAUGCAUGUUGCUGAAGCCGUCUCCAUUGGGAGAAACGGAAACUUAGGGACAAGUCCAGUGUCCAAGGGGAAGGACAGUGGAAGUCCAUGCAAAGAGACCGAACAGAGUGCAAGUGUUCCACAACUGCAUGAGACUAACGAAGAUACUGAGAUAAAGACCUGCCGUCGUUUGCAAACGUAUCCGAUUGUUGUUUCUUGGGUGAGAAUCAACCAUUGGAUCCCUGCCUUCCAUAUUGUUCGUCCACGGUUGUUAAGAAUGGCAUAUUCGGACCUCCUUUUGCCGGUAACCAUAGCCACUGACACGUUUCUCAACCAGUUGCUCAUCCAACUAGAGGAAAUGGUUCCGUCUAUUAAGACUCUAAGAAUGAGGGACAUUCGCAAUAAAAUUACAGACAACCCAAUAAAGAAACUACUACAGGAAACAUCAACAAUUCUUGCUAAGGCAAGCAUUGUAUCAGGAAAAGUGUCUAUCCUGUCAUCAGGGAAUGGCAUUGGCAAGCUGAGAAGGUUUAGAAGAAAGAAUAUUGCUUUCACUAAGAGAAGUCUGCAGUCACAACCUCCAUCACAACUACAACUAAAGAAAUCAGAGAACUAUAGUAGACUACCUCUUGAUAUAGAUGAAGCUCUAAUAGUAAAAGACACUAGGCUUUCCUCUAGGAGCGUUCAGUCGGGUGAAGCUACUAAUGAGGUAUCUCACUCGAGCCAACGGCUUGAUACGGCUAUUUCAGAACCUCGACCUGUUUUAGACGGAAUGCUAUCCCAAAUAUCUAAAACACACAGUACCGCAGUAAAAUAUAUGACUAGCACAUAUUAUAUUUCCAAGAAAAAUCGUGGCCACGGUAAAGUUGUUGUUGUUAUUGCUACCUUAGAAACAAUUCGAAGACUAAUGAGUGAUGGCAGAAAAUUAGCAACUUCUUCUACAAUUACUGGUUUCCUUUGUAAGGAGCCGAUUCCACGUGAACACGGUUCAAAUAAAGAAGAAACCAGGAGACAGCUGAAGUUUGACAAGGAAGGUAGGAAUUAG